ACCACCAUAACAACAAUAUUUUCAAUGACUUGAAUUUUUCAAUAUUUCUCACAACGUGUAGAAUUAAGAUCAUUGGCGCGAUUCGAGCUAGUUUUACGGAUACUUACAUUACACAGUAUUUUGAGCUACUGACAUCGUGUGUCGCGCACAAUGGCUACUUCAGCCAAGUCAAAUCUUGAGGGGAAAAUGGAUAAUUUUGUUAUCGGUAUCAUUGGUAUGGGUGACAUGGGCAAGAUGUAUGCCCGCAGGCUCAGCGAUGCUGGAUGGAGGUAAAUAUCCUCAAUUGAGUUUUCGUUGAGCCCGCUUUUGCAAUGGUAAGCACCCUCUCUCUUUCUUCCCCUUCAUUCCUCUCUAUUAUGAUGACCUGAGUGCAUUUGGCUCGAGCAUUGCCUUCAGCUGGCCUGAAUACCAUUCUGGUACCAGGUUGGAGGCUGGCUUUCUAUGAUGAAAAAUCUCAGCUACCUUAUUUUAUUUUGUCUGAAUCAAUCAAAUUACUUUUGAAGUUUUUGUUACAUCUCGAAUGCGCAGAAGCUAACAAUUACACUUUAGUUAUACCGCUUAAAUUUGACAGCUACUGAUAUAUGUUGGGCAGAGUGAAUGCCUGCGAUAGGGAGGAGAAAUAUGAAGCCUUGUGUGAAGAGUUUGCAGAUAGAGUAAAUACCCAGCGUCUUAGAUAGUUUGAGCCUGCAGCUUGUGCUGAGACCUACAUAGAAACAAAUUACAAUUCUUCUCAAUGGCCAUCUCGUUUCCAGAGCAAGUGAUUACACUAUUUACAAUGUCGAAGCUGCCGCGAUUGGCAAGGUUGUAGCUGAAUAUGGUCCCUGUAUGGUUUACAUAAUCUCAUCAUCUUCAUCUUCUAAUCUUCUGUGUAGCCACCAAGCAAGGUGCGAUAGUAGGAGGACAAACCUCAUGCAAAGCUCCCGAGAUAGCAGCAUUUGAGAAAUAUCUACCUCCUGAUGUUGAAAUCGUAUCUUGCCAUUCCCUCCACGGUCCCAGUGUUGAUCCUCGAGGUCAACCUCUUGUAAGUAUCCCGAUCGUAUCACGCUUUCACGUGGCCUAAGAACAAUAUAGGUUUUGAUCAAACAUCGUGCUUCCCAAGAGAGUUUCGAAAAAAUCGAGCAUGUGCUCUCCUGCCUCGGCUCCAAACAGCAUGUCCUCUCAGCAUCUCAACACGACCGUAUCACAGCAGAUACCCAAGCCGUAACCCAUGCAGCCUUCCUUUCCAUGGGUAAAGCCUGGCACGCCAACCUUCAAUUUCCCUGGGAGAUAGCCCGUUAUGUUGGAGGUAUCGAAAACGUCAAAAUCAACCUGACGCUUCGCAUUUAUUCUCAGAAAUGGCAUGUCUACGCCGGUCUCGCCAUUCUGAACCCUUACGCCAAAGAACAGAUUAGAGAGUAUGCGCAAAGCGUGACAGAUUUAUAUAAAUUGAUGCUGGGAGGGCACCGAAAAGAGCUAGAAGAGCGAAUCAAGAGUGCAGGACGAUUUGUAUUUGCUGGGCGCAAAGAGUCCGAUGAAUUACUCUUGCGAGACCAAGUACUUGACCGAUUUUCCCUGGGCAAGAAACCCGAGAAACCCACUCCAAAUAAUCACCUCUCUCUUCUCGCCAUCGUGGAUUGUUGGGCCCGUCUUAAUAUUAUCCCUUACGAUCAUAUGAUCUGUAGCACUCCUCUUUUUCGUCUUUGGCUUGGUGUUUCAGAGUACCUGUUCCGAAAUGAGAAAUUGUUAGAUGAGGUUAUCACUACGGCUAUUGAAGACAACACGUUCCGUUCUGAUGAUUUAGAGUUUACAUUUGCGGCUAGAGGAUGGAGCGAGUGUGUAGAGUUUGGAGAUUUUGAGAGUUGGAAGGAUAGGUUUGAGAAGACGCAAAUGUUCUUCGCUCCAAGAUUCCCGGAGGCAACGAGGGUAGGUAAUGAGAUGAUGAAGACAAUUUUGGCAAAUAUCAAGGAUUAGAGUUGGGGAUUGGAUAGAUUGGGGUUGGGGGUUUGGGGUUGAGGUGGUUUGACUUAUUUAGCUGGAGUUUGGCUGGCUGCGCGACAUUCGGCAUGAUUCGAAUUUUCGGCAGGGCGUAACAGAGGGUAUACUACGCUGCACUGCAAAUCAAGAUGACACUCUUUUUAAGCUCAAGGAAAACUCCAAUUCACAA